CUAUCCUCUCAUGUAUUUUUUUUCAGUCCGGAUCAGAUUCAGAAGGCGAGGGUUCUCGCGCCCGAAAAAGUGGCACCAACGAAUUACCAAGCACUUGCAGAGAAACCUCAGUUCAGUCUCAAACAGGUACGGAUGAUUUGCGAGCUUCUCCUAAAGAAGCAGGAAAUGCGUCUGCGGUACGAGUAUGAACUGGCCCUGAAUCAGAAACUGGAUGAGCAACAUGAACAGUACGUCCAAUUCGCAAGCGAACAAAUGACUGCACAGUUCAAGGAGAAUACAGCAGGGUCGUGUUUUACUACUUGUGCGCUAUUGUGA